AUGCCGGCGCAAUUGCAGUCGAAAUCCGCAGAGUCGCACAAGAAGGAAGAGCCGCCCGUCGAGGCGGAGCCCGUCAAACCGCCGAGUCCGCCGAAGCCGGCCGUGCAGGACACGAAAGUGGCGGAGAUGUUGCCGGAUUCGGAGAAGUCAGACGAGAUGAGGGACGGCAUCAAGCUGCCGCCGCCCAAGAACUUGGUACGAUCGCGCUCUAGGCCCGCGAAUAUCAUCACUUCACCGCUCCUGCCACCUGAGAAAAGCCAGCGAAGUUCAAAUGGGGCCCCGCCCCUUCAGAGUUCAAUUCUUGCAAGUAGCGCGCGCAGUUUUCGCAACGCUGCCGCACGCAUUGCUCUGAACACCGAAUUCUUGAAAAUUAAAGCAGAAAAUUAUUUUUUUGUUAUCAAAACGUAUUCUGGUGCCUCGUUGCAUCUUCCUUUCAGAAAAAAUACACUAAAAACCGACAACGAAACUUUUUUCACUUGUUUUUUCACUGUCGAACGGAAGAGCAAAAUGCGUGCGGCAGCGUUGCGAAAACUGCGCGCGCUACUUGCAAGAAUUGGGCCCCAUUUGAACAUCGCGGGCUUUUCUCAGGUGGCCGGAGCGGUGAAGUGAUGAUAUCUAUUUUGAUUUUCAGAAAUGUGAGGGUGAUCUCGACAAGGCAAAAGAGAUGGCAAAAGAGAAGGCGAACGAGGAGAAAAAGGAGAAAAAGGAGAAGAAGGAGGAGAUUCUGUGAACUGAUUUUCCACACCAACAACUCGGGCAAAUAACUUUAUGCAUGAAUCUGUAAAAAGCUUACAUUUUUCCUCAGCUGUCACGAAAAAAAGUAAUAUAUUCAGGAGACAAAUUGAUAAAAAAAUAGAAAGUUCGGAGAAAGAAAAAGUGAAAAAAAUAAGUGAAGUGUUCGCCACAUGACAGCACGCCCGCGUUUGAUCCUCAUGUCAUCAUUCGUCCGCGCUUCGCCCCGCUUUUUCGCCAUCAGAAUGGACCGGAGGCCCAGUUCUUGGCUUCAUCCACAGUUCGCCCUCUGUUCAUUCUCUUUUUCGUCCAAAUUACGUUCUCCACGGCACUCGUGUCCAAUUUUAAUCCUAAUUUGGCCCAAAGUUCGGACUUUUUUUGGCUUUUUCACCCUCAGCUCGUUCUCAAUUCGCCGUGGCGGUUUGGCGGCGCAAUCACAGCCUGUCAUUGGAACACUCAUCAAUGAUGAGAUAUAGUAGCUAAAACAACAUAGAUCACAAAAGGGGAAGAUACUCGCGUGUGGGAAGAGGUCAACAACACAUCAUUGCACACACACACUCUCUCACACCCCUCACUGCCCGGCUGUCUCCUGUGCGUAUCUGCUAGGCCGCGCUGGGUGGAUAGGGGACAACUCUUCCAGCGCGGAGCCCGUCAAACCGCCGAGUCCGCCGAAGCCGGCCGUGCAGGACACGAAAGUGGCGGAGAUGUUGCCGGAUUCGGAGAAGUCAGACGAGAUGAGGGACGGCAUCAAGCUGCCGCCGCCCAAGAACUUGGUACGAUCGCGCUCUAGGCCCGCGAAUAUCAUCACUUCACCGCUCCUGCCACCUGAGAAAAGCCAGCGAAGUUCAAAUGGGGCCCCGCCCCUUCAGAGUUCAAUUCUUGCAAGUAGCGCGCGCAGUUUUCGCAACGCUGCCGCACGCAUUGCUCUGAACACCGAAUUCUUGAAAAUUAAAGCAGAACAUUAUUUUUUUGUUAUCAAAACGUAUUCUGGUGUCUUGUUGCAUCUUCUUUUCAGAAAAAAUACACUAAAAACCGACAACGAAACUUUUUUCACUUGUUUUUUCACUGUCGAACUGAAAAGCAAAAUGCGUGAAGGGGCGUGGCCUAAUCGGAGACGCGUUUUCUGAAAAUUGCCGCAAUUCCAGCACUUUUCCGAUAUUUUUGUGUUUGAUGUCGACGAAAGAAAAGACAUUAAAGAGAGAAAACAUCGAAAUUUUCGUGAAAACGCCGCGUUUGAGACGUUUUUGGCAUAUUUCGUAAUACGCUCUCCGCGGCCAAUCGCCGCCGCAAUUUCGGAAUUUUCAUACCGGCCGAUCUGGAUAGUUUCACGGAGUCGUGGAGAGGUACACUGGCGCAAGUGCGCUCUACCGCACACUUUUAGGCCAGCGCCGAAUUGCGUCAUAUGACGCAAUUUCUGUGUCGAUUUACGGGCUUUCUGGUGUAUGUACUACAGUAAUCUUUUCUUUCGUGACGAGAACCUGAAGCACCCUGCAUAUCUAACUAUCGUUGGCGUAAAUUCAAAUUUUAGAGGGCGAGGUUCCCUCCACGACCCCGUGAGUUUUGAGACGAAGUGAGUGUCUGAAGUGAUUAAGCACGUUAAUAUAAGUAUUUUAAGCGUUCAAACGGCAAAAAGUGUCGGCGAAUGACUGAAAUUCGCGCAUUUUCAGCACAAAACUUAAAAUCGAUUCAAUUGAUUCAUUUCUGAAUGAAACCUGCUCGUUUUAAGCUCAAAAAGAGCGCGAUGAUUAGCUUAACAAAGUUAUGCAAUUACAUCGUCGAAAUCGUACAAAAUUCGGGUAAUUUCGCCAAACUAGUGAUAAACCGUGCACGCUAGGCCACGCCCCUUUCUACGUUUUUGGUCGCCGUGCGCGGGCUUUUCUCAGGUGGCCGGAGCGGUGAAGUGAUGUUAUCUAUUUUGAUUUUCAGAAAUGUGAUUGUGAUCUCGACAAGGCAAAAGAGAUGGCAAAAGAGAAGGCGAACGAGGAGAAAAAGGAGAAAAAGGAGAAGAAGGAGGAGAUUCUGUGAACUGCAAUACUCGUGAUAAUAAUGAAUGCUCUUAAUCUUCUUUCUCGCAUUCCAACAUUGCAUUUCAUUUCACAACAAAACAAUAACGGCACAAUCUUUCCAAGUGACCAGUUAAUUCUCAAGAUACAAUCGAGCGAUCUGCAUCGAAAGCGGCUCGACACUUUCGCGAACAAAUUCCGACAGAACGAGCUCUUCGAGGUCAAGAUUUGUUAGACUUGGUAAGUCUUUUCGGAGACUAAAAGUAGUCAUUUAAUAAAAAACAAAACUUCAAAACUCGUGGGAUGUGUCAACAACUCUUCUAUUUUCAACGUCUUGGCUUUGUGUGAUUGUGAAAACCAAAGUAAUAAGUAAAACAAAAAUGGCAAAAACUCUUGGGCGCGUGGGAGUCGAAGUGCCAUCUUGCCGCAUUGCGGGUUUCCUGCUACCGACUGAGCCACGGAGGCGCCCUUUUGCGCUGGAAGAGUUGUCCCCUAUCCACCCAGCGCGGCCUAGCAGAUACGCAGAGGAGACAGCCGGGCAGGGAGGGGUGUGAGAGAGUGUGUGUGUGCAAUGAUGUGUUGUUGACCUCUUCCCACACGCGAGUAUCUUCCCCUUUUGUGAUCUAUGUUGUUUUAGCUACUAUAUCUCAUCAUUGAUGAGUGUUCCAAUGACAGGCUGUGAUUGCGCCGCCAAACCGCCACGGCGAAUUGAGAACGAGCUGAGGGUGAAAAGCCAAAAAGUCCGAACUUUGGGCCAAAUUAGGACCAAAAUUGGACACGAGUGCCGUGGAGAACGUAAUUUGGACGAAAAGAGAAUGAACAGAGGGCGAACUGUGGAUGAAGCCAAGAACUGGGCCUCCGGUCCAUUCUGAUGGCGAAAAGCGGGGCGAAGCGCGGACGAAUCAGGGCAGUAUUCAGGGGCAUACAUUUAAUACACAACUUUGGCGCUAACUCUACGCAAACUUUGCGCUAACCUCACGCAACUUUAGCGCUAACUUCACGCAAAGUUUGCGCACUUUAAGAAUAGACUUUGCGUGAAGUUAGCGCUAAAGUUGCGUAAGGUUAGCGUAAAAGUUGCGGGCUUCUACCGAGAAGUGAGUGACGAAGGUUAACAGGGGAGAAUGUGCAUAGAAGAACUGGUCUCGCUAUAAUGGAUAAAAGGCGAAUCGCUAACCAGUCUGUUUUUGCUCUCCAAUUGACUGCCCUCUCGCUCAUCGUCGACGCAAUCGGCGUCUCUUCUCUGAAAACAUAGUUUUUCUGCUUCGGAAUCGAUGAAAUCAGAAAAAUGCAGAAGACAAAGCGAGUUUCUAACUGUUGUUCGACGAAAUGAAAGUCGCAAAAUUUCAUAUUUUUUUUGCAUAUUUUUUUUGAGGUCUAACUUCCGGGCCAAAACUGGGCCGGGCCGGCCCGGGAUUUGGCAAGUCUGAUUUAGAUAGUCUGGUUUCAGGCAAUGGCUCGAAUUUCCCCAACAGGCUCAACGCGAUGGCAGUCAAGACAAGGACGAUCAUGCAGGCCCGAGCAACGGCGCGACCAUCAACGGCGACGACGAGUUCGUCGACGAUGACGACGACGAUUUCCUCGAGGAGAACGGCGCCGAGUUCGUCGAGGAUGACGACAAAGAUCUUUCCGAUAAUUAA